UAUCACCACCAAUUUCAAGUUCCACUGUAUCUUGAUUGAGUAGCGAGUUUAGUUCGAUGGAGGCAACAUUUCCGCUAGUUCUCAUCACUUGCUGCUGUUGAUUUGCUGGUUUCAUGGUCCGAUACAGUAGGAUGUAGGGCACUAUCACCAGUAGAACAGACACUGACAGGAUGUUCAUUACGAUAUACACAUGAUGGUCGGCUGCCAGGUAGGCUGCAUUGAACUAUACAUAUGUCCCAAGACUUCAUACAUGCCCGCAGUUCUCCUCGGAAAUAUUAGCUUACUAUACGCUCUAAUACCUGUGACUCUCCGGCCAAUGCAUCAGAGGCUAUAAGAG